CGGCUCGGCGUCGGGGCCGGCGGAGCGCGAUACCCGGGACACCAGGCCGCCAGGCGCGUGCGCGGGGCACGGGUGCGGACCGAAGACAGGGCGGGCAGGGCGCGGAGCGGCGGCGGCGGCAGUAGGAGGAGUCGGAGCCAGAGCCGGGGCCGGGGCCUCGGCCAUGGCCGCGCUGGGGGUGGCGGCCCGCGGGCUCGCGCGGCAGGGAUGCUCCUGGGGGCCCCGGGCCUGGCUGGGCUGGCCUGCCGCGCAGGCCCGAGAGAACCACGUCUGGCACACGUCGCUGCUGUCGCUGCGAGCCGCCCUCCCAGUGAGAGGAGAGCCUCUCAGAAAGAAGAAGAAGGUAGAUCCUAGGGUGGAACAAGCUGCCAAGGACCGGCUGAAGAAGAGAAUUCGGAAGCUGGAGAAGGCCGCGCAGGAGCUGAUCCCCAUCGAAGACUUCAUCAUUCCUGGGAAGUACCUGGAGGAGGAGAGGCAGCGCCCAGAUCGGCAGCUCCCCUUAGAGGACAGUGAGAGGAGGACCUUUCUCAUGAAGAGGUGGACCUUUUACAAACAGCAGGAGCAUGAAGCCGAGCGAGAGAAGAUCAAGUCCCUGCUGGAGGCCCAGCAACAGGCCCUGCGGGAGCUGCGCCUGGAGUCUGAGCAGCUCUACGAGGCCGCGGCCCGGCGAGAUGAGGGCUUGUUUCCCUUUGAAAAGGAGGGCCCGACCUACACCCCAGCCAGCCCCGGCUACCAGCCCCCCGAGGGCAAGUACAACGACAUCACCAAAGUGUAUGUACAGGUGGAGCACAAGAGGUAGGCCGGAAGCCAGGCACCCACCUUGUCCUGUGGACCUCUGGGAGAGCCCAGGCCCCGCCCACCCAGGAGUACGGCCUCUGUCCUGCAGUGUCUGGGCCUCAGAGACCUCCCUUUGUGCUGGGGAGAACAAAAAAGAACCUGCAGGGAGUUCCAUGCUAAAGGAGGAGUCAGCCUAGACUGGAGAAGGCACCUUCGAGGAGGUGGGAGGGGGCCUCCGGGCCUCCCGCAGGGCUUGGGGGAGCAGUGGGUCCUGGAGGGUGUAUUUCUUUUAAUAAAAGAACUGUGAUUCAUAAACAUCA